AUAAUAUCAAAACAAAUAUUUAAAUUUUUAAGAACUGUGGUCUAUACUAUUAAAUAAACAAUCGAAUUGACGUUUUUUUACACAGAAACCGAAUACUGGUGCGAGAAAUAAGAGAUAGAUCGUUUUAAAUACAUAUCCACUUUUCAAUGUCCAUACUUGAGGUAGGGCUGUAGAAGGUCAUUUUUAGGUCUUCUAGGAAUGUCAAAUUCUGCAGACCGUGACCAAUGGUGUUGUCACUACAACAAUUGCUGUGGAUUUUGGAGAAAGUGAACAGUGUCCUUAGCACAGUUGUCCUGAACUAGUCAUGUCAUUUUUACGUGGAUCCACAAAUUAUGUUUGGUGUACUACAAGUGUGCUUGGAAAAGGUGCAACUGGUGCGGUCUACCAAGGUGUCAAUAAACACAACGGUGAACCAGUGGCUGUCAAAACUUUUAAUCAAUUAAGCCACAUGCGGCCAUUCGAUGUCCAAAUGCGCGAGUUUGAGGUGCUAGAGAAGGUUAAACAUGAAAAUAUAGUAAAGCUGUUAGCCAUUGAAGAAGAACAUGAAAGUCGUGGAAAAGUCAUUGUUAUGGAGCUAUGUACAGGAGGGAGUUUAUUUACAAUACUAGAUGAUCCAGAAAACACAUAUGGCUUACAGGAAGAUGAGUUUUUAUUAGUCUUAGAACAUCUUACGGCCGGUAUGAAACAUUUACGUGACAAUAAUUUGGUACAUAGAGAUUUAAAGCCUGGUAAUAUCAUGAAGUUUCUGAGUGAUGAUGGUCUGCCUAUUUAUAAAUUGACUGAUUUUGGAGCUGCAAGGGAAUUACGUGAAGAUCAAGAGUUCAUGUCGUUGUAUGGAACUGAGGAAUAUCUCCAUCCACAUAUGUAUGAGAGGGCUGUUUUACGUAAACCAGUUGCAAAGACAUUUGGAGCUACCGUUGAUUUAUGGUCGAUUGGUGUUACUUUGUACCAUGUAGCUACUGGGAAUUUACCAUUUAGACCAUAUGGUGGGAGACGAAACAAAGAGACUAUGCAUUAUAUAACAACUGAGAAGGCAUCUGGAGUUUUAUCAGGGGUACAAACAUCUGAAAAAGGUUCAAUAACAUGGAGUAGAGAUUUACCAAAGAACUGUCAAUUAAGUGACGGCUGUAAAAAGCUUAUUACACCGAUUUUGGCCGGUCUCUUAGAAUUAGAAUCUCAACGAAUAUGGAGUUUUGAAAAGUUCUUUGCUGAAGUUACUAAAACAUUAGAUAGAAAGCUACUACAUAUUUUUCAUACCAAUCGUGUUCAAAAUAUACGUGUAUAUUUGCAUCCUGAUGAAACAUACGAAAGACUUCAGUGUUUAAUUCAAGAUCAAACUGAAAUAUCUCCUGCCAAUCAAAUACUUUUAUACAAAUCUACAUACCUUCUAACUGAAGUAGGAUUAGAUCUUCCUGGUAGGUCUUAUAAGCCAACUGAAAUGCAUAAGCCUAUUUUGCUGUUUAGUAAAGAAAACAAUAAUGUUACUUUGGUAGCUGAUGGCGAUGUACCUAAUUUCCCAAAAUUUCCAGAUAUGUCUCUACCAAAACUAACAUCUGUAGACAGUGAUGCAGGACUUGCUAAAACUGCAUGUAGUGUAGGACAUGUUUGUAAAAAGCGUGUUGAAAAAUUGUCACAAAACAGUCAACUAAUCAAUAAAUGUGUACAAGUAUUUACAAAAAUUGUAACGGAAAAACUGAAAUCUGUAUUGAGUAAGAGUGACCAUUUACAAAGUGUGUUUAAAUGUACAAAAUAUCUUGUAGAGAUUUCUGUACGAGGACACAAAAGUGUUAAUAACAUGAUUGGAAUCAAGAAUAUAUCUACUGAAUUGAAAGAUGAGUUAGAAAAAUUAAGUGAUGAGUUAAACAAUAGCUUAAGUUUGGCAAUACAACAGUUACAUCAGCGGUACGUCAAAGAAAGGACAUUAACUAGAGAAUGGCAAUCAGCAACUAGAUCAUUUAAAUGUCCAAAUAAAAAUAGGGCUCCUGCAAGAAUAAAAACGCUAGUGGAAAGAUUAAGGGAUUCAUGGCAACAUUUGCUAAGAGAUCGUGCUACACGUAGUCUAACAUAUAAUGAUGAACAAUUCCACGUAUUAGAAAUAAUUAAGAUCACAGAGACCAGUCGUAGAGCUCGAACAUUGCUAGAUACAGAUGUUCAGCCUGUAGUCAUGCAGUUGGCUGAUUGUAUGGCAGAUUGGUACAAAAUGGCACAGACUGUUUACCUGCAGGCACAAAUUUUGGACAAGGAUUUUGAUACAUUUGAGCAUCGCCUGCUUGGAUUCAUUGAGCGUGCAAAUGAUACAGACGCAUCAUUUCAUGAUGGUCUCGUAAAUGUUGCUAAAGUAAAAUUUACAUCCAGUGGUGCCAAACAUGCUGGUCGUAUUAGUGCUCAAGAUAUUCAAGCAUUGAGGGCCAGUUUACGAGGUCUACGUGAUAUUGAUGACCUUGUAUCUGAUAUUAAGGGAAAAAAUGAAAUGCUCAAACAUAUAACUGAGCCUAGUAAAUUAUGCGACUGACUUAUUGUUUUUGAAUAGUGAAUAUUAAGUAUAUUGUAAAUAACUUAUUUAUACAAUGUUUUUAAAUUUAAAAAAUAUUUUUUGUCUAAUCCAAUUAAUAAAAUCAUAAUUGAUAAUAUUGAAAA